UUCAAACUACAAUUAUGUCUUCCUCUGAUCUGAAAGUGGUAUGGCAGUGGAUGUUUACCAAUGACACCUUUUGUCUUUUAUGUAUGUAGUGAGUCUGGUCGCCAGGAAAGUAAAUGAGAUGGAUAUCCAUCCCCUCAUUCUCCGAAUCAAUUGUUGAAAACAUUAGUGUAUAAAUUCAGUGUUUAGUUAGCCACCUCUUCUACACGGCCAAGAAGAAGAGUACUUCUUAUAUUCGGACCCGUUACAGUACUUGACUAAUUCCAGUUCACCUGACGAGGAGGAAAUUAUCAGACUCCAGUGUCGCAUUCUUGCUAGCGAUAUUGGCUUCUGUUUUGGCCACAAUCCCUGCCGAUAUGUCGCUAGAUUAUGGGAGGGUAGAGCUUUGUCACGACGCCCUGGUGGUUCCCUGCGGGAGGGUGAUAAGAACAAACCAACCACCACCACCACCACCACCAUCCUCUACAUGCUGCGCCAACUUGCAGAAGCAGUGGGAAGCCUGCUACUGCACAUUGACAAAAGUUCCAGAAGGUCGGGUCUUUAUAACUAGUCCAUACGUUGCCAAGGUCUUGGAAACCUGUAAUGUGCGCCCGAUUCACCUACACUGCCUAAUGUAGUAGCAGUAGUAGGAUUAGGAUGACAACCUAAACUAAGGACACUAGCUUGUAUUCAUCUCCUGUACUGUGUUACAUGGUCAGAUGGUUUAUGCUUGAAUAAACAAGGAAUUGGUGGUGGAACUAAAUGUCCAAAUUUUUGGCAAGGGGUGGAGCAAUUUCUAAACUUUAUAUGCUCACCUUCCAAACUAGCAACAAUUUUUGCUCUCUCUCUUCCCCCCCACCUUUUGUUUUUCUCUAAAUCCCCAGAAGAUCUUUCAAUUUCAGCAAACAGUGAAAAAAGGAAAAGAAAAUGGUAAAGCACUCCUAUAAUACACCCGCCUGGCGCCAGCAGCCGCGCGCCCAACACAUUUCAACAUGGCCGCCAAUUUGAGUCCAAGAGCCCAAACAUUCUGCAACUGCAAAGCACCACGUCCACCUCCUUCACCAUUUAUCAAACACCAUUCAUCUCAACCAGAAACCGCCGCCAAAAACAGCAAUCACAAGGCUACGGUUGGUAGAAGCAAUGGCCAUGCCCAAUUAUCCAAAUCAAAAUCAUCAUCUACCAAAACUAAGAGAGCCCGAACCAUGGCCAGACUGAUUAAUGCCAGGCCCUGGUCAACCGAUCUUCAAGCCUCACUCGCCCAAUCCUCACUUUCCCAAACCACCGUCCUUCAAACUCUCCGCCUCAUCACAACCCCUGCCAAAGCCCUCCAUUUCUUCCACUGGGCUUACAAAUCGGGAUUCACCCACACUCCUCAAUCCUACUUCCUCAUGCUUGAGCUCCUUUGCCAGGCAAGAAACUUCAACUCCGCCCGGAACUUUCUCUUAUCCAUUCCGAGAAAGUCUAAUGGGGCUGUCCAGCUGGAGGAUAAGCACUUUAACUGUUUGAUUCGCGCCUUUGGCGAAGCUGGGCUCUUUAAAGAAUCCCUGAAGAUAUUCAAAACCAUGAAGUCCAUUGGGGUUUCACCCUCUGUUAUUACGUUCAAUCAUUUAUUUUCAAUUUUGCUCAAGAGGGGCAGAACCGGCAUGGUCUUCGAACUGUUUGAUGAAAUGCUUGAGACGUAUGGCGUGGAGCCUGAUUUGUAUAGUUUCAAUAUUUUGAUAAGAGGGUUUUGUAAGAACUCUAUGGUUGAUGAAGGAUUUAGAUUCUUUAAGAAAAUGGAGAAGUUUAACUGCCAGCCGGAUGUAAUUGCUUAUAAUACGAUCAUUGACGGUCUGUGUAAAGACGGUAGAGUGAAGAUUGCGCAUAAUGUCAUGAAGGGUAUGCUUAAUAAAGGUCCAAAUUUGAGUCCUAAUAUUGUUACGUACACUACUUUGAUCAGAGGGUAUUGUGAGAAGCUGGAGAUUGAUGAAGCUUUAGAUGUUUUUGAGGAGAUAGCCUGUCGAGGGCUGAAACCGAAUGAGAUUACUUAUAACACCCUUGUGCAAGGACUAUGUGAGGCGCGUAUGCUUAAUAAGGUAAAAGAGAUAUUGGAUGGUUGCGGUGGAGAGAAUGGAGGAUUUGUUCCUGAUACGUGUACUUUUAAUACUCUGAUGAAUGCACAUUGCAGCGACGGAAAUUUAGAUGGGGUAUUCAAAAUUUUUCAGAAGAUGUCAGAGUUGAAGGUUCACCCUGAUUCAGCAACAUAUAGUAUGUUGAUUCGGAGUUUCUGUGAGAAAGGGAAUUUUGAGAAGGCAGAGGGAUUGUUUCGAGAGUUAUAUGAGAAGGAGAUCUUACUGCAUGAUGCAGGGUGUACACCUCUAGUUGCAUCAUACAACCCCAUGUUCCGGUAUUUGACUGAAAGUGGCAAGACAGAGAUGGCUGAGAAAGUGUUCAAGCAGCUAUUGAAAAGGGGAAGACAGGAUGCUUCUGCUUUUAAAACAAUUAUGAUGGGCCAUUGCAGAGAAGGUACCGUUAAGGCUGCUUUUGAAAUCUUGGUUUUGAUGUUGAGGCGAGAUUUUGUACCCGAUUUUGAGACUUAUGAAUCCCUAAUUGAGGGCCUUUUGGAGGAGGAUGAACCGAUUCUUGCUCAUGAGACUUUAGAGAAGAUGUUGAAGAGCUCUCAUCUUCCUAGAACGUCUAUUUUCCAUCGAACUCUAGCUCGGCUUGUUAGUAAGGGUUGUGCUCAUGAAUCCUUCAGCAUGGUGAUGUUAAUGUUAGAGAAAAAGAUCAGACACAAUCUGAAUAUAGCAACAGAUACUGUAAUAGUGUUAUUUAAAGCUGGCAUGCGGGAUAAAGCUUUUGAGGUCGUUAGAUGUCUCUAUGAAUAUGGGUAUAUAAUUAAUAUGGAAGAGUUAAUUAUUUUCCUCUGCAAGCAGAGAAAGCUAUUAGAGGCUCGUGAGAUGUUGCUUUUUGGCACAAAGAGUGGUCAGAGAGUUGAUUUGGGUGUGUGCAACACAGUUUUAAAUGGUCUGUGUAAGAUCAAAAGAGUAAAUGAGGCAUUCGAACUUUACUAUGAAUUGUUAGAGCAAGGAAUUCAACAGCCUUUAAGCUGUCUUCAAGAGUUAAGAGUAGCUCUUGAAGCUGAAGGAAGAUCAAAAGAAGCUGAGUUUGUUUCUAAGAGAAUGCUUAACCAGCAUCCGUUGAAUGGACCAAUGUCGAACUCAAAGGCCUCGGGAAAAAUCCCACACACUAGUAGAUAAUACUACGCAUCAGCAAUUUCUUGUACUAGUUUCCAGCAUUUGUUUUCUGGCAAUGUGGAACUAAAUCUGCCAAUCAACUGCAAUACACUUGAGCAAAAUGGAAUAUUUACUGUAUAA